AUGAAUGGGCUCUGCUGGUCUGCCACACUGGAGCCAGCAGAGCUUCUGGAAGGAGUCUCCUCUUGUGAGCUGCUGGAGCUGGAGCUGGCACUGGCCACAGAGCCACUGUGUUCAUCCCUGACAGGACCAGACCACAGCAGCCUCUGGGCCUCCUUGCUGCACGAUGGCAGUGAGGAGGCCAUGGACCAGAGGUUCAGUCCACACCUUCCCUAUUCCCUGAUCGGCCCCCUUAUCUUUGUACUGCCCCGAGAUCAGGGUCAGCCCCCAGGCCCCUGUAGCGACAAAGUGACCAACCUCCGUUCCAAGGUGUCCUGCUCUGCCAUUGUCACUCUGGGAGAGCUCUUUGUGACCUUGAAGAAGGACAUGGACUCUGAGGUGGAUGAGGUUGCUCGGGUCCUUCUCCAGAUGGUGUCCAACUCCCCAGAAUUUGUUCAGAAAGCAGCCAGUCAGAGCCUAGGGAUCCUGGUGGAGAAUGUGACUCCUGCACGAGCAAUGACUGCUCUCAUGGACAUGGGAGUCAAUCCCUUGCCCGGCGUCCCUCUCCUCUCCCCGCCUCUCUCUCCCCUGCCGGGCUGGGCCAUGCCCCCGGCCCGCCCCCGGCCCCGGGUGGGGCUGCUCCGUGCCCGGCCCCGGCCGUCCCGCCGCGGUCUCGCCUCCGCCCGGCUCUGGCUGUACUGGCGGUGGCGCUGCUGGGCGGGCAUCAGUGCCUGGGGCGGGGGCGGCAUCGCCGCCUUUUGCCUCCGCCUGGCCCGAGCCCGGCCCCAGACCCGACGCAGGGUCCGGUCCCGACCCCGGCCCCGGCCCCGGCCCCGGCCCCGGCCCUGGCUCCUCCCAGGGCCCGCGGGGGACACACGCGGCGCGGCCGCUCCCGCCGCCUCCGCUGCGGCUUCCCCGGCCCGAGCUCCGCCGCUCGGCAGCGCGGCCGCCGGCCCCGAGCCUCCCGUGCCGCGUUCCGAAGAGCGAACGCCGGGGCAUGGCUGGCCCGGGGCGGGUGAGGGGCGCUCGGGGGCCGUUGCUGGCCCCGGGCCGAGCGCUGACAGCCGCGUCCCGCCCGCAGGGACGGCGCAGGAGGCCCUGCAGGAGCGGUACCGGCUGGGAUCGCUGCUGGGGCGCGGCGGCUUCGGCAGAGUCUUCGCGGCCACGCGGCUCUCGGACGGCGCCCCGGUGGCCAUCAAAAGGGUGCCACGGAACCGCGUCCGGCACUGGGGCGAGCUGCCCGACGGCACCAGCGCACCCCUGGAGAUCGUGCUGCUGGCCAAGGUGUCCACUGGCUUCCCCGGUGUGGUCCAGCUGCUGGAGUGGCUCGAGCUCCCCAACUGCAUCGUGAUGGUGCUGGAGCGGCCAGAGCAGUGUCAGGACCUGCAGCGUUUCAUUCGGGCACGGUGGUUCCUGCCCAAGGAGGUGGCGCGGGAGCUGUUCUGCCAGGUGCUGGAGGCCGUGCGGCGCUGCACCAGCUGCGGGGUCCUGCACAGGGACAUCAAACCAGAGAACAUCCUGGUUGACCUGGACACCGGGCAGGCCAAACUGAUUGACUUUGGCUGUGGCACCUACCUGCAGGACACAGUCUACACUCACUUUGCAGGAACACUGUCAUACAGCCCCCCAGAAUGGAAUGACUUUGGCUGGUACCACGGUGAGCCAGCUACCAUCUGGUCCCUGGGCAUCCUGCUGCACCAGAUGGUCUGCGGGGAGCACCCUUUCAGGAGGGGCCAGAACCUCAGCUGGGGCCAGCUCCCACUGCCACAACGGCUCUCUCAAGAGUGCAAAGACCUGAUCAGGUGGUGUUUAUCCGUGAACUCCUUGGACAGACCCGCACUGGAAGACCUGUUCUGUCAUCCUUGGAUGUGGGAUAUUCCUCUGCCGUAA